AUGCUCACGGAAAUGGAGACCUCCUUUCCAGCCGCAGAUUACUCCUCGAAUGUGAAUGGCGAGCAUGCCGAUGACGAAAGCACAGAUGGAACGCCGAUAGAAGCAAAGUUCUUCAACAACAGGCAUGCACUUGACAGGGCAACGAUGCCAGCGAUGUCUGGCGCCGAAGGGCUAAAGUCGGCGGACUCCUCAGUUCAACGUACAUUCAUCAAGAGACAUCGUGGGGAAGAUCAUGCACAAGACCACGAGCGCCUCAGGAGGCGGGAGCAUGCGCGCGACAUCGAUGUAACCAAAGAAAGUUAUGCGGAACAUGUCGCCACCGUGAACGAUCAGCAAGCCGUGAGCGGGAGAGAAGAGCAUCAGACCAACAUCGAUCAGAUUCUGACAGCCGCCGGCACAGUAAAGCGUAUGUCAGAGGCGACUCUCAUCGAUCGACGUGUGAGAACUCAGCCGACAGGCGAUGGCAAGAUCGAGAUCGAGAACGUGACGACGAUAAUGAAAGCGCGCGCAGUAGCGAGUCGAGGCGCACUAAACCGCGGUAUUCAGUCGAUGAGAAAGCAAGCUCACGCGAGGACAGAGAGCGGCGGUGGGAUGAAUACUACCGGAGGCGGGAUCGAGAGCGCGAAGAAAGAGAUAGGCGGGGGGAUCGAGGGAUACGUUCACGCCGCCGCUGGGACGAUGAAGAUCAAAAGGCUGAUCGACAUCUCCAAAAUUGGCGACGACCGCAUCGUGAAGACGGUCAUCGCUGUUUGA